AUGACGAGCGCUCGCUGGAAAAGUUUGGGAAUACUGAGAAUGUAUGAAUACUUGGGGGAUUUAACACAACAAAAGGAGACCAACAGGAAUACAGUUUAUGCUGCAGUUAGUCCAAUCUUUACCUCGGACGUAAGAAAAAAUGAUCGCAAACGACACGGUAAAAUCGUUUGUGCCCUAAAAUCUGGCUUGUGUCAACUGCUCAUCCACUAAUCCGCCUGGAAAGUUAGUUUAGUCGGAGCGAAGGAGAAAAUAACUGCCGAGGAAAUGGCGGAAACCAAAAUAAUCUAUCAUAUCGACGAGGAGGAGACGCCGUACCUGGUGAAGAUCCCCAUCUCCUCGGAGGAGAUCACACUGUUGGACUUCAAACAAGUCCUUAAUAAACCCAACUAUAAGUUCUUCUUCAAGUCCAUGGAUCAGGACUUCGGAGUGGUGAAGGAAGAGAUAUCAGAUGACUCGGCAAAGCUCCCCUGCUUUAAUGGAAGAGUGGUGUCAUGGCUGGUGUCUUCAGAAAGCGCUGCAGUAGAAGUUGCAGCACCUCCAGCCCCUGUUCCAGAAGUCCGGCCAGAACCCUCGCCCCCUCCGCCUCCUCUCCCCCCUCCACCUGCAGAGCGACCGGGUGGCAUUGGUGACUCGAGACCCCCUUCCUUUCAUCCUAAUGUGGCCAGUAGUGUGGAGACUCUGGACGAGACAACAGAAACCGAAUCGGUUGUGUCGUUCAGGAGAGAGAGGCCCAGACGCAGAGAGAGCUUUGAGCAGCACGGAGCACGUGUGAAUGGUCAGACACGGUUAGAGCACCACCUGGCAGGUUAUGAAAGCUCCUCCACCAUGAUGAGCAGUGAACUGGACACCACCAGCUUCUGUGACUCAGAAGAUGACGACACCAUGAGCAGGUUUAGUAGUUCUACAGAACAGAGUACAGCCUCCAGAUUGUUGAAAAGACACCGCAGACGCAGGAAACAGCGUCCUCCCAGACUAGAACGGGCAUCAUCAUUCAGCAGUGUAACUGAUUCCACAAUGUCCCUCAACAUCAUCACUGUUACACUAAACAUGGAGAAAUAUAAUUUCCUGGGCAUCAGUAUUGUGGGUCAGAGUAAUGAGCGGGGUGAUGGAGGCAUCUACAUCGGCUCUAUUAUGAAGGGUGGAGCUGUGGCUGCGGAUGGGAGAAUAGAGCCUGGAGACAUGCUGCUGCAGGUGAAUGAUAUAAACUUUGAGAACAUGAGUAACGAUGAUGCUGUGAAGGUUCUGAGAGACAUCGUACACAAACCUGGACCCAUCAUCCUGACAGUGGCUAAGUGUUGGGACCCGUCGCCCCAGGGAUACUUCAUUUUGCCCCGCAACGAGCCGAUUCGACCCAUUGACCCUGCAGUGUGGGUGAGUCACUCUGUGGCCAUGAGUGGUGGAGCAUACCCUCCCUACCCACCCAGCACUAUAACAUCCAGCUCAUCUGUAACAGAGACAGAGAGAUUUGAUGAGUUCUCGCUCUCCCUGCACUCUGACAUGGCAUCUGUUGCUAAAGCCAUGGCCUCUCCUGACUCUGGUCUGGAAGUCAGAGACCGAAUGUGGCUGAAGAUCACCAUCCCCAAUGCGUUCCUGGGUUCUGAUGUGGUCGAGUGGCUUUAUCACCACAUCGAGGGCUUCCAGGACAGACGAGAGGCUCGUAAAUAUGCCAGCAACCUCCUGAAAGCUGGCUUUAUUAGACACACAGUCAACAAGAUCACCUUCUCAGAGCAGUGCUACUAUGUGUUUGGAGACUUCAGCGACUGUGAAAACUAUAUGGUGAACCUAUCUCUGAACGAUAACGAUGGUUCCAGUGGAGCAUCUGACCAGGACACUCUGGCACCGUUGCCUUUGCCAGGGGCCACACCCUGGCCCUUGAUGCAUGCCUUCCCUUACCAGUACCCGCAGCCCUACACCAGCCAGCCCCCUCCCUACCAUGAGCUCUCCAGCUAUAGUUACACACCAGGAAGUGCUGGCAGUCAACACAGUGAAGGAAGUCGUAGCAGUGGUUCAACCCGUAGCGAAGGUGAGCGAAAGCGGGGCAGUAAAGGAGGCAGCAGCACCAGCGGUCGAGAGGAAAAAUCCCCCGUAGGAGGCGGUGGUGCUGACUCCCGCUCUGGCAGCGGCAGCGAAUCGGAAUACUCCGUCCGGAGCAGCCGGAGGCGGGACCACGGUUCCGCCACACCCAGCGAGCACAGCCUCAGUCUGAGCCAGCGGUCGCAUCACAGAGUUCCGCCCACCCACCUGGCUCCAUAUCCCCCAGGUAUCCCCAUCUCCUACAACCCCAUGAUGGUCAUGAUGGUUCCACAGCACCCCCACCCUCAUCCGGCCCUGGGUGGCCCCAUGCCCACCCUGUCCACCGCGGCCCAUCUUCAGGCCCUGCCUCCCUCUUCAACACCUGGCGGCCCACCCGGAGCUCCUCCCACCAGGGAUCUGGGAUCCGUUCCUCCUGAGCUCACCGCAUCCAGACAGUCCUUCCAUCUGGCCAUGGGCAACCCCAGUGAGUUCUUUGUGGACGUUAUGUAGCGGGACGAAGGGGACGAAUGUGGUUGGAAUGUGAAAUGAAAGGGAUAGUUCAACUAUAUUAUUUAUGCACCUUUAUGGAACACAAAAGGAGGUGUUAGGCAGAUUGCUGGUCUCUUCCAUUGUUUGUAAAAAAAAAAAAAAAAAAAAGAUGAAAUGAAAGUUUGGA